CAGUGUUAUAUAACUGAAACAAUAUAUUGAAAAAGACCUAGAUUGUUUGUUAAGUCUCUCAUCUUUUAGUUCUUUUAUCUGUAAACUCCAGAACUUUUUAAUAUUUAAUUUAAUUGCAUUCUUAAGUGAACUUCAACAGUACUGUCUCCGAGGUCCUUUCUCACUGGGACCGUGCAAAGAAAGUUCUCCAAAGGGCGCUCCCCAACUGCGUUACCAUGGCUGCCGCUCAUGUCCUGCGAGCGCGAACACAUAAUGGAGAGGCGGAAGAUCCGGCUCCGGCUUUUGCUCCGCCCCCUCCAGGUGACGCGAUUGUUGGGAUUGUAUCUAAACAGUGGAACAAUUGCUGCCGACGGUGGGGGGGAAAACAGGUCGUGGUAGAGAACGUGAGCCGGUAAGAGAAUGUGAGCCCAGAGCAUUCCGACAGCAUCUGCAGCAAUCGCGGUUGCUGUUCUUUUGGAGGGACUGCGAUCCCGUGGCAGAGCUGGAAACCGGUCAACUCUGUGAAAGACUCUGGUAGAAGAAACGUGGUCCCACCAUGGCAGAAGGAGGCUAUGACCCUUGUGAAUGCAUCUGUUCACAUGAACAUGCUAUGAGAAGGCUGAUAAACUUGCUGCGACAGUCACAAUCCUAUUGCACAGACAACGAGUGUCUGCAAGAAUUGCCUGGACCAAAUGCUUCCAAUGACAGUGGAAUAACAUUGUCUAUGAUUAUUAUGGCUUGGGUGAUUAUUGCCCUUGUUUUAUUCCUGAUGAGACCUGCUAGUCUGAGAGGAUAUCAAACAGGUGGAAAAUCACAUGGGCCACAGAAUAAUCCAAGACAAGAUCCCCCUGCUCCACCAGUGGAUUAACUUUGUGCAUAUCUUGCAAUUCAGUCAAGAAACCAAUGACCAAAUCAUUGACUGUGGCCUGAAUAACUCUCAAACUCUUAUUAGUUUACUUAUAUUUUACUGAUAUUUUCUUAAGUACUAAAUAUAGAACAUUGAUCUUAACAGUUGAACAGUGAAUUGUACCACUUACAAAUUCAAACUUAUAUAUUUGAAACUAAUGAAGUCAUUUCCUUUUACAAAAGCAACUUUGAAUGCUGGUUCAGUAUUCCUAUAGAAUAGCUGAUUUUUACCCGAUUGAGGACAGUGCAGAUGAUUUUUCCUUUGAAUUGCACAGGGACAGUGAGAUAUGUGCACAUCUGGCACUGGACCAUCACAUAACACAAACAGGACCAAGCAAAUCAGAUGUUUGUGGCCCCAGUAACACUAAACUGUUAACUUGUAUGUGUGUCAGCAUUUAAGUGAUUAUGGGGUGAGAGGGUUUGGAGGGUGGGUAAGUCGGUUGAGCAUUACUAACUAAAACUUCUAUUUUGGUUGUUCCUUUUAAGUUUUUAAUAACAGUAGAUCUUUUACCUCCUUUGAGAUCUCUAUCCAACAAUCCUUUUGUAACACUUAUACUUGGAGACUACUUGAACAUUUUUAUUACUUUCCUGUAUGAUGCAGUACAUUCCAGACCUCCCCACCCACCGUACCCCACUUUCAAGUUUAUCAGUAUGCUUAAAUUAAAUGUUCUGGUAUUCUGAGGUCAGUAUAGUUACAAUUGUCUUGGUGCCAACCUAUAUUGCAAAUGUAUUAUUUUUUAAAAAAAUCUCACAAUAGCUGUCUAUCAUGAGGAUCUUCUGCCUACUUUUGUUAAGAUUCCAGUGCCAACACCAUUGAGUAGCUGCUGCCAAUUUGUCAUAUCAACUGGAAGAUAGCUUAUUCCAGACAUAGUCCACUACCAGAAGAUUCAUAUUAGCAUGGUGCCAGGUUGUGUGUUAUGUAUAGUUUUCUCCAUUUGAUGUUUGUGAUUUUUUUUACAUUCUAUUGAAUUACUUCAUACCCAAGUUUAAAAGUGUCAAUUUUUACAGGAAGUGUUGGUACUACCACAUCUGGUAGUCAGUUGUAUUGAUGACUUGAAAGGGGCUAGGAGAAAGUGAGGACUACAGAUGCUGGUGAUCAGAGCUGAAAAAUGUGUUCCUGGAAAAGUGCAGCAGGUCAGGCAGCAUCCAAGGAGCAGGAGAAUCGAUGUUUCGGGCAUAAGCCCUUCUUCAGGAAAAGGGACUGUGUGUGAGACAUACAGAUUACCAGAGUAAAAGCAUAAUACUGCAAAUGCUGGAGAUUUGAAAUGAAAAUAAAGUACUAGAGAAAUGCAGAUCUAGCAACGUUCAUGGAGAGAGAAACAGAGUUAUUUCAAGUUGAAUAGGACUCUUCUUCAGAAGUGAGGGAAAAGUCAUGAGUUUGUACUAUAGAGAGGGGCAGGGAGGAGCCAGUAGAACAAAUGGUAAAGAUAUCCCUCUGCAAGAUGCAAAAUGUCUGCUAGUAAUGGUAGAGAUGUGAUAUAGAUGAAUAGUAGGUAUUAAUGGCAGAAAAUUGAUUAGUUCUGAGAAAACCAUAACUGGGAAUGGAGGUAAAUGGAGAACAGAGUUUGUGGUCUGAAGUUGUUGAGUCCUGAUGCUUGUAAAGUACCUAAUUGGAAAAUGAGAUGAUGUACUCCAGCUUGCAUGAGGCUUUACUGAACCACUGCAGGAGGCGCAAAACAGAAGCAAGCAAGGUGACAUAUAGAAGUGGCAAACGAUUAAAAGGUAGGUGUCAUUCUUGUAGACAGAACAGAUGUGUUUUACAAAGUAGUCACCCAGUCUGCAUGUAUUCUUACCAGUGUAGAGCAGCCUGCAUUGUCAGCUGUGAAUACAAUAAACUAGAUUGAAGUACAAGUAAAAAGCUGCUUCAUCUGAAAGGUGUCUUUGGGACCUUGGACAGUGACAAGGAAGGAGAAAAAGAGGACAAGUGUUACAACUACAAUUGGAUAGGAAAGACGCAUGGAUUUGAAAAGAUGGCACCUUAUUUUCUUCAGUGCUUCAGUGCUUUAUAGCUUUCCGGAAUCAACAAUGCAUUCAAUUCUGUCCUCCAUUUUGAUUAGAUUAUCUACACACUUCUUGUUAACAUGGGUUUGCUUUCGGUAAAGCUGAUCUGUUUCUGCCACUAACACUUAAUCGUCAUCUAUAUCUCUUUAGUACUAUCAUUUUCCCUUUACCUUUUUCUCUGGCAGCCUUAUUAUCUGAUCGUUUUACUGUUAGUUCUUUUUCUAGAGCAUAAAGCCCAUCACUCUUUCUGCCUCCUUCAGUUUGGAAGCAAGAUCAUAACUUGAAUCAUUAACUCUGUUUCUGUCUCCACAGAUGCUGCUUAAAUCUUCUGAUUUUGUUUGACAUUUUUAAAAUUUCAGAUUUACAAGUCCCAUGUUUGCCCUUUGGUCUGUGCUGUAGUAACUGGUUUAAGCAUGAAAUUUAAAGUGAAGAGAAAGGAAGUUUUUAUCUCAAAUUUGCUUAAAGGAAUUUCAUGUGUACAGAUGUUGAUAACAUUGAACCCAGCUAUGAAGCUCCCUGCGGUUGAAUUGCCACCAAACUAACCAUGUUAAAUCAGAUGGAUCAAAACCUUAAUGAGAGGAUGAAAUUGGAAAAAAGCUAAACCGGUGGUAGUUCAGGUUACUAUUGUCCUAUCAUUCUACAUUUCAAAUGAAUGAUCAUGUUUGAAGUAAAUGUAAACUCAUAUCUCUCUGUGUUUAAAUACACAGCUUAUUCAAAAUAAAAUUACUUUGUGACAGUAUUUAAUCUACAGUAAGUUAAAUAGGUUGAGAGAUGAGUAGAAACGCAUUGUAAACAAAUUUUAUUCAGAACACUUACCAGCAAUCAAUCUGCACCCAACACUGGUUAUAACCAGUUAUUAUUUUCCUUGUAACAAAGGGGUAUCUCCAAUUUAUUAAAACCCUUCAAUAGAGUAAUUCAUGAUACAUGAACCAUUCGUUCACAUUACAUCUGAGGAGUUCAAGUUCGUUUACUUUUGUAAUUUGUAGCAAACAUGUAAUUUAUUAAUUGGUGGAUUCUAAAUUAAAGACCAAAUUCAUGACUUGCCUGAGGUAGAACCAUUGUUGUAUACAUAGUGCAGUGACUUCUUAAAAGGAGACAGGUAAGGAGUCACUGACUUUGGCCACUUUUUAUCAGAAUAAUUAUGUAUCUUAGCUGAGGAUCAAACUUUCUGGAAGUAUGGAAAUAGAUCUUUUUCAACCUUUAUAAUAUGGGCGGCAUGGUGGCACAAUGGUUAGCACUGCUGCCUCGCAGCGUCAGAGACCCAAGUUCAAUUCCCGCCUCAGGCGACUGACUGUGGAGUUUGCA